UGCUGUAAGGGGAUGAUCCUCGAAAUAUUGGAUUCUCUGUCCAGAAAUCUGAACUUCAAGUAUGACACUUUGUGUUUUUUAGUGUUUUUAAUUAAUAAACCUUUCAAAAUUAUUUUUGUAGAGUUUAAUAGUUAGUUUUAUUGAAUUUUAAGUUUAGUUGUUUUUAAAAAAAUAUUGAAAUUAAAUUUAAGCCACUUUAUUCACGUGUCUCAAAUUAUAAAUUGAUGUGCUUCUUAGAUUUAAGAAAACAUUUCCUUAUUUUAUACUUGUGAAUUAUUAGAUGGCUUUAUUAUAGUGUGGAGUUUGAUUAUUACUUGUGUUGAGUUUGAUUAUUACUUCUAAUUAGGAAGCGAAUCUUCUUCCGUUUAAUCUGUUUCUCUUGCUAUAACCCAUGUAUAGCCUUUUUAACCCAUGUAUAUCGUUUUAACCCAUGCAUAUCGUUUUUAACCCAUGUAUAUCAUUUUUAACCCAUGUAUAGCUUUUUUAACUCUUGUAUAUCGUUUUAACCCAUGCAUAUCGUUUUUAAUCCAUGUAUAGCAUUUUAACCCAUGUAUGUCGUUUUUAACCAUGGCAUAUCGUUUUUAACCCAUGUAUAUCAUUUAACCCAUGUAUAUCGUUUUUAACCCAUGCAAAUCGUUUUAACCCAUGUAUAUCAUUUAAAUCAUAUAUAUCAUUUUAACCCAUACGUAUCAUUUUAACCCAUGCAUAUCGUUUUUAACCCAUGCAUAUCGUUUUUAACCCAUGCCUAUUAAAUUGACACGUCCAGGUACGUUGUAUAUUUUGUCAACGACACCAACUACGGCACCUACAAGGACGGCAACUGGACGGGGAUGGUUGGUGACGUCAUCGACGGCACGGCGGACAUCAUCGCGGGCGCCUUCAGCAUGACAUCAGAGCGCAUGACGGUGCUGGACUUCACGGAGCCCUUUUACCAAAACGAGUUCUCCCUCGUGACGAGUGAGGGAGGUAACUACGUGUCCAUCUGGGCCUUCAUGAGUCCCUUUUCGGGCCAGGUCGGUACGCGGCUUUCUGUGAGUGUCCAAUAACAACAUUGGGUACUUUAGUCUCUGUCCAAUAACAACAUUGGGUACUUUAGUCUCUGUCCAAUAACAACAUUGGGUACUUUAGUCUCUGUCCAAUAACAACAUUGGGUACUUUAGUCUCUAUCCAAUAACCACAUUGGGUACUUUAGUCUCUGUCCAAUAACAACAUUGGGUACUUUAGUCUCUGUCCAAUAACAACAUUGGGUACUUUAGUCUAUGUCCAAUAACAACCAAUCAAAAAGACCCUGUUCUGGUCAAGCUGUUGAGCUGAAACUUGGCUCAGACUCGUUUCAGAUGGCAACAUCUUCUACCUUAUUUCCAAUAAGAUUUUCCUUGGGGGGGGGGGUUAAUGCUUUGUUAAAUGGGUGAGUGUUUUGGUGUGGAGAUUUAUUGUGUAGUUGCUGCUAUGUGCUUUGUGUUUGUGACGUAUUUGGGCAUGCAAUAAAAUGUAUUUUUGAAAGGGAAAAGUAAGAAACCAUGAAACGCGUUUUGACCAGAAGUUUGGCCAGAAGUUUGAACAGAAGUUUGACCAGAAGUUUGACCAGAAGUUUGACCAGAAGUUUGACCAGAAGUUUGACCAGAAGCUUGACCAGAAGUUUGACCAGAAGUUUGACCAGAAGUUUGACCAGAAGUUUGACCAGAAGUUUGAUCAGAAGUUUGACCAGAAGUUUGACCAGAAGUUUGACCAGAAGUUUGACCAGAAGUUUGACCAGAAGUUUGACCAGAAGUUUGACCAGAAGUUUGACCAGGAGUUUGACCAGAAGUUUGACCAGAAGUUUGCCGUUUACAGAAAAGCUUCUUAAUAAAUGAUCAAUCGCGUAAAAUUUCAUACGUUAAAAAAAGUGCACAUAAAGGGGUUACCCAAAACUGUGUCUUUUAGAGUUGUAUUUUACUGUUCACAUCCUCUCUGAUAUAUAUUACACUUCUGGUGUGACUCGUGGACUGCCUCCUAGUAGACUGCUUCCUAAUAGACUGCUUCCUAAUAGACUGCUUCCUAAUAGACUGCCUCCUAAUAGACUGCUUCCUAAUAGACUGCCUCCUAAUAGACUGCCUCCUAAUAGACUGCCUCCUAAUAGACUGCCUCCUAAUAGACUGCUUCCUAAUAGACUGCUUCCUAAUAGACUGCUUCCUAAUAGACUGCCUCCUAAUAGACUGCCUCCUAAUAGACUGCCUCCUAAUAGACUGCUUCCUAAUAGACUGCUUCCUAAUAGACUGCUUCCUAAUCAGCGAAUAUGGUAUUGAGAGUAUAUUACAAAUAAUUCUAAAAGUUUGAAAGAAAGUAUGGUUCAAUAAUGAGUUCAAUAGCGCGUAAAAUAUAAUUCCCGAUAUCUAGAUAUAAAUAAAUAUAGGGCAACUGCGUUUGGAGCGUAAUAUUUUCUUUUCGGAAAAUGAAAUCGUCUCAAUUUAAGUAUGGUAAAAAAAAGUUUCGGUUUAAAAGUGUUUGGUACAUCAGAAUAUUUAAUGUAGGUCAUGGGCGUGAAAUAAAAAGUGUGCAGGUACGUAUUGUUGCGGGAAGGACUGUAGCAAAAAUGGGGAUUCUUAAAUGUGUAUUACUUGAGCUUAUGUUUUGUCAAGUAACUUUUAGUAGAUGGGAAGUUCACGCAUUGCCGUCACCACUGUUUGGAGGGAAUAUCUAGCUAUCUUUAUUUCAAAUGUUAAAUAACAACGGAAAAUCACGUCAUAUCCUUUUUCCUGUAUUCGCCAUCUUCCCUCUCUAUGACGCCAUCGCACUCUCAAACCUAUUUUUUGCCUUAUAACUUAGUUCAUAGCGCUGUAACUUCUGUCUGUUGCCUCAAGGUCUGGCUGUGCAUCAUGCUUAGCUCUAUCGUGGCUGGUAUCGCUACGGCUUUCCUGGAGUGGCGCAGUCCUUUCGGGCUCAACCCUCGGGGCCGCAAGAGAACCAAGAACUACGGUCUGGGGUCCGGUCUACUGAUGGUCAUGGUGCUGUUGACGGGACACACCAUCAACAUAAAGGUAGGCAGUUGCGUGGUACAGGGGACCCAUUAAAAGAGAAAUACUGUAUGUCCUCGAUAUGUUUGAGAGUAUGUCGUCCAUAUGUUGAAAAUAACAUUUUUUUAACAGGGAUUUUCAUUUGGUGUAAGAAUUUGAUGACAUCGUUGAUAAUGUUGCUGUUGAAAUGUUAAUCAAUUCCCUAGAGUAGUGUAGCGUAUUAUAAGAGCUCAAGUUUCAAAUAAUACAUUCUUGACAUAUUUAUACAAGGUUUAUCUAGAUCAGCGGUUCUCAACCUAUUGGUCGCUCCCCCUUUGGGGGUCGAACAACCCUUUCACAAAGGUCUCCUAAGACCAUCGGAAAACACAUAUUUAUGAAGUACAAACGAAAAUAAUUGUAUGUUCGGGGGAUCACCACAACGUGAGGAACUGUCUUAAGGGGUAGCGGCAUUGGGAAGUUUGAGAACCAGUGAUCGAGAUGAAUGACCACGCUCAAAGUAUUGAUGUUGCCGAUGUCAAGAUUAAACAAUAACAAUUGAUGUUUACGCAAAUAUUGUACAUGCUGGAUGUUGACUUAAAAUGUUAUCCUUUCCAUUUCCAUUUAACUUGACUCUGUGUCAUGUUAUUCGUGACUGCACACGUGACAGCUUCAAUAACAAAACAAGACAAAUGAGCGUUCCGGUUGAAUGGCUUCCUCUGCAAACACAAUCAUUCAUAGCGCAACAGAAUCACACCUGACCCACCUGUUUAUGCUAUAUGAAUUCAAUAAGAGACCAUAUUUCUAAAGAGACCAGACUGUUAAUGGUAUAUGAAUUCAAUAAGAGACCAUAUUUCUAAUGAGACCAGCAUUGAUGAUGUGAUAUGACGUGAGAUUUAUUUCAAUUAAUGCAAUCCAAUUCGUUUUUUUUUCCUUCAUUCAAUAAACAAAUAACUUCAUUAAUACCUCAUCUCCUUAUUGGCUGGAUUAUUGGUCCACGCCAUUUUGACCAAUUAGAUAAUUCAGUCUGGGUCUGUCUGCGAAUCUAAUCAAACCGGUUCAGGACCUGUUUCCUUUGUCCAUGCUUCUCCCUUGCCCAGCACUUGCGCGGGUGAGCCGGUAUCUGUGUGUGUAUUAUUGUUUAAUGGUUCACUUAAAUAUCUCUUUACUUUUGUAAGUUAGUGAAAUAAGAGAUGCAUAGAUGUACGCGUGUACUUGACGUUCUUCCUAACCCCAGUAUCACGUCAUAAGCCCAAAUUUAUUUCAUCUCAAACAGUCCGACGUCAUAAGCCCACAUUUAUUUCAUCUCAAACAGUCUCACGUCAUAAGCCCACAUUUAUUUCAUCACAAACAGUCCGACGUCAUAAGCCCACAUUUAUUUCAUCUCAAACAGUCCGACGUCAUAAGCCCACAUUUAUUUCAUCUCAAACAGUCCGACGUCAUAAGCCCACAUUUAUUUCAUCUCAAACAGUCCGACGUCAUAAGCCCACAUUUAUUUCAUCUCAAACAGUCCGACGUCAUAAGCCCACAUUUAUUUCAUCUCAAACAGUCCGACGUCAUAAGCCCACAUUUAUUUCAUCUCAAACAGUCCGACGUCAUAAGCCCACAUUUAUUUCAUCUCAAACAGUCCGACGUCAUAAGCCCACAUUUAUUUCAUCUCAAACAGUCCGACGUCAUAAGCCCACAUUUAUUUCAUCUCAAACAGUCCGACGUCAUAAGCCCACAUUUAUUUCAUCUCAAACAGUCCGACGUCAUAAGCCCACAUUUAUUUCAUCUCAAACAGUCCGACGUCAUAAGCCCACAUUUAUUUCAUCUCAAACAGUCCGACGUCAUAAGCCCACAUUUAUUUCAUCUCAAACAGUCCGACGUCAUAAGCCCACAUUUAUUUCAUCUCAAACAGUCCGACGUCAUAAGCCCACAUUUAUUUCAUCUCAAACAGUCCGACGUCAUAAGCCCACAUUUAUUUCAUCUCAAACAGUCCGACGUCAUAAGCCCACAUUUAUUUCAUCUCAAACAGUCCGACGUCAUAAGCCCACAUUUAUUUCAUCUCAAACAGUCCGACGUCAUAAGCCCACAUUUAUUUCAUCUCAAACAGUCCGACGUCAUAAGCCCACAUUUAUUUCAUCUCAAACAGUCCGACGUCAUAAGCCCACAUUUAUUUCAUCUCAAACAGUCCGACGUCAUAAGCCCACAUUUAUUUCAUCUCAAACAGUCCGACGUCAUAAGCCCACAUUUAUUUCAUCUCAAACAGUCCGACGUCAUAAGCCCACAUUUAUUUCAUCUCAAACAGUCCCACGUCAUAAGCCCACAUUUAUUUCAUCUCAAACAGUCCGACGUCAUAAGCCCACAUUUAUUUCAUCUCAAACAGUCCGACGACAUAAGCCCACAUUUAUUUCAUCUCAAACAGUCCGACGUCAUAAGCCCACAUUUAUUUCAUCUCAAACUGAUAAGAGCAUGAAAAAAAGGUGAUUUUUAAAAUUGGUUUUAAUCAGGCCUGCACAACAUGCGGCCCACGGCCCGCCAGCACCCACUUUUCGGCCCACGAAGCAACGAAAUAUUCUUUUAUAUUAUUAUUUUCUAAAUAGCUUUUUCCCCUGUCCUAUUUUCUUUCGGCCUGCACAAUUUUUUCAUAAAGUAUUACGGCCGCCUUACAUUUUGAGUGGUGCAGGCCUGAUCUAAAUCAAUCAAUAGUUGUAUAUUCAUUGAAGGAAAUGACGUCACGUUCAAUCAAAUGCCGUUUUAUGUCGGUUGAUAUUCUUUUAUAAAUAAGACACGGAUCGACGUAUCGUAUCUCGUUAAUCUUUGUAAAUAUGGAAUCGUUUAAUAAUUAUCGCCUAAUCCCGUAAAGUAAUCGAUACUUUAAUUCUGAAAGCAUAAUCGAUUUGAUCUUCAAGUUUGGUGAAUGCGUCUACUUGCCCUACAGAAAGGGAAAAUCAUUUCUUUAUUUUUUGUGUUACUGAACCAAAAAUUAGCUUUGAAUUUAUUACUGGACUUUCCAAAACUAACUACAUGAUCAAAUGCUGUUGGAGAAUGUAACAGUACAAAAAAAAUCGAAAGAGAAUGGUCUGCGAUAGUUAAGUUCUAUGCAAACUGAUUCAUCACAAAAUAGGUUAAGGAGAUCCUAGUCGUCUCCAAAAGUGCUAUGUGGAUUUGUUUCAAUUUUAUUUACAUUUAUAACUUGCAUCUUUUCAACACAGUGAGUCGAUAGAAAUCAGCCUUAUAACAUUUUUCACAUUAGAAAAGUGCCCCCCACCCCAAAAAACCACCGAUUGGGGGUCAUUAAUUUCUGUUGAAAAGAGAAGGAGGGGAGAUCAAUCUCACUCUGUGUAUCCCUUUUCAUUGCCGGGGGGGGGGGAGAAGCGCACCCCACCAUGACACAUCCUAUUUGUCCCAGAGAACUUGCUAGCCAUGUGCAUCCAUGCUUGUCUUCACUUGAUGGGUAUCAUUUCAAUUCAGUCCAUUGGCCAAAUUUAACAUCAUUCAUAUCUCGAUUUUUUUUUCCUUGCUUUUUUUUUUCCCUCACGCAGGCCCCCAAAAGUUGGCCAGGAAAAGUCAUCCAGAAUGUUUGGGCCGGAUUGGCUAUUUUUAUAAUGACAAGCUACACGGCCAAUCUGGCAGCUUAUCUCGCUGGCCAAUCUGCCGUGUCAACCGUCAAGAGUAUCUUUGACCCAGACGUAAGUAAACAGAGCAUCUAGUCAAUCUAAGUAAACAGAGCAUCUAGUCAAUCUAAGUAAACAGAGCAUCUAGUCAAUUAAGUAAACAGAGCAUCUAGUCAAUCUAAGUAAACAGAGCAUCUAGUCAAUCUAAGUAAACAGAGCAUCUAGUCAAUCUAAGUAAACAGAGCAUCUAGUCAAUCUAAGUAAACAGAGCAUCUAGUCAAUCUAAGUAAACAGAGCAUCUAGUCAAUCUAAGUAAACAGAGCAUCUAGUCAAUCUAAGUAAACAGAGCAUCUAGUCAAUCUAAGUAAACAGAGCAUCUAGUCAAUCUAAGUAAACAGAGCAUCUAGUCAAUCUAAGUAAACAGAGCAUCUAGUCAAUCUAAGUAAACAGAGCAUCUAGUCAAUCUAAGUAAACGGAGCAUCUAGUCAAUCUAAGUAAACAGAGCAUCUGGUCAAUCUACGAAAUGUCAAAGUUUAAAUCGAAGUCCAUCGCCCUUUUUUUGUUUAAAUAAUUAUACCAAAAGAGGGUCCACGUUGUUCUUUGUUUAAAUUUCAACUGUGUUUCCAAAAGAUGGCCCACAUAGAUUAGAGACUAACAACUCUAUUCACACAAUUUUAGCGUGUUCCUGCCUUCAAGCUCCUCGUUGUUAUUGAUUACCGUCAAAUUCCUGCACACAUCAGCUGCCGUUGCAGCCAAUGAUAAGCCAUCAAACAACAUUCUAAAUCGAUAUUAAAUUCGAUUAAAAUGGAUUUUCCUCAAAGAUUUUAAAUUACAACUAUUUUUGUUUCCGUGAUUUUUUUUUUAAAUUGAGUCAGCAAUGGUAAAUAGUGAGUGACGUCAUGUUUUGUCAGCAAUGGUAAAUAGUGAGUGACGUCAUGUUUUGUUAGAUGGUAAAUAGUGAGUGACGUCAUGUUUUGUUAGAUGGUAAAUAGUGAGUGACGUCAUGUUUUGUUAGAUGGUAAAUAGUGAGUGACGUCAUGUUUUGUUAGAUGGUAAAUAGUGAGUGACGUCAUGUUUUGUUAGUUUUAAAUCCUUUACAUUAACUUCGCUUGUGUUCGUGUCUUUCUCUCUUUCCUCCUGCGGUUGUGGCUACAUCUUCGAAAAGUUAAAUGAUCCACUUUCCGUCAUCCUAUCGAGUUGAAAACUUGGCACACGGCCGAUGACAACCCGUUCUUUCAAAUGUUCUGCCCCACCUCCACACCCCCACCUCCCACCUCCACACCCCCACUCCCCCCCCCCGCCCCCCCCAAAAAAAAAAUUAUGUUUUUCAGGGGGAAAAUAAAGGAAAUAUGAUGCAAUUAUUUCUGAAGAGCUGUCGCCAUCACCCAGUCGCACAAAAAUGAUUAUAAAGCAUUAAUACGGGGGGGGGGCUUUGUUUUUACGGGUUUUUUAAUUAUUAAAGCCCGUCAUUAGAAGAUUGCACAUUCCCUCCAUCAGGUGCAUGCCACCAAAUAGGUCUAAGAUAAUAUUUACAGUACAUUAAACCUUCUUUGGGUUUUGCACCGUUCAAGUGCAAUGUUAAGGGUGAACAGGAGUUGUGAGGUGUCUCUAUACGGACGCAGAUGCGUGCACGUCAAGCAUCGAUUGAUAAACUACAUUAAAUAAUUCCAGAGUGAAACAUCCUAUCGAAUACGGGGAAUAGAAUCAUUAAAUAUUUAGAGCUGACGGCCUUUUAGCCUUAGGUGGUGCAGUUUAGCACACGGAAAACAGAGUGGUUUAACAGAAGGGAUUUAUUCCAAUUUCAAAUAUUCCAAUGAAGUAAAUUGGGUUGUUGUUCCUUUUUUUUUUUUUUUUUCGGUUUUUCAGAUUAACUUUUUUCAUGAUUACAAAAGACGACGGUUUCAAUCAAUGCUCACAAUAGGCAAGCCAUAUGAAGUAAAUUGGGUUGUUGUUCCUUUUUUUUUUUUUUUUUCGGUCAUUCAGAUCAACUUUAUUCAUGAUUACAAAAGACGACGGUUUCAAUCAAUGCUCACAGUAGGCAAGCCAUUUUUUGUUUUGUUGGAUCCAUCAAAUUCUGUUUGACUUGACCAGUUGCUGAACAAGCGUAUGGCGAUCAGCCAUGUUUGAUAUUGUUUGAUCCAUCAAUUUCUCUUCGACUUGACCAGUUGCUGACCAAGCGCAUAGCGGUCAUUGCGACCAGCGCCGUGGAGACGUACGUCGAGAAGAUCAACCCGGCCUUGGGGAAAAGGGCGCGCCUUAAUCACGUGGACUCAACGGAAACUGCUAUAAAUAAACUCAGGUCAGUGGGUCAAGGUUUUUGUCUCGUGAGUUCAGAGGUCAAAAAAUAUCCCUGUGCAUGCGGGAAAACGUCACUGUACGUAUACAUCGGUACUUGUUCAUUACAUCUAAAACAUAUUCAUUACAUCACACCAGAGGCGCAGCGAGGGUGUUUGGCGCCCGGGGGGCAAGAUCCAUUUUAAUGCGCCCUUUUUCUUUUUUUCAACUCUCAAACCCAUUAUUUUCAUCAAUAACAUAAUAUCAAAGCACAUUUUGGCGCCCCUAACUAGCUGGCGCCCGGGGACAUCUGUCCCCCCCCUCGCUACGCCUCUGCAUCACACUGGUUAGUUAUAUCGUUAUUCAUUACAUCUUGCCUGUUCAUUGCAUCUCUACCUGCUUAUUACAUAUGUACCUUUUCAUUACACUUGUAUUUGUUCAGUACCUAGCACUUGUUUAGUAUAUCUAAGCUUAUUCUUGUACUUGCACAUUACAUAUGUACAUGUUUAUUACAUCGGUAUUUCUUGAUUACUUCAGUAUUUGUUCAUUACAUUAAUACUUGCUCAUUACACCUGACUUGCUCAUUACACCUGACUUGCUCAUUUCUUCUGUACUGAUUCGUUAAUAUGUUUUUGGCUAAUUGCAUAUGUAAUUUUCAAUACAUUUGUACUUGUUUAUUACAAGUUACAUUUUCAUUAAGCAUGUACUUGUCCAAUACACUUGUACUUGUUUAUUUCACUUGUUCUUUUUUUUUAUUACACUUGAAUUUUUUCAUUACACUUGUACUUGUUCAUUUCACUUGUACUUGUUCAUUACACUUGAACUUGUUGUUUACACUUUCACUUGUUCAUUUCACUUGCACUUGUUCAUUACACUUGUUCAUUACAGCUGCAAGUUGAAAUGAAUAUUAUCCUGCACAUCUUGUGAUUUUCUCCACAAAUCGUUUAAUAAUGAAGUGUCAAGACAGAGCAUAGAUUCAACCAACAUAGAACAUACAUUGAACAAAUAUACAACAGUCAUUGUACCAACAUAGAACAUACAUUGAACCAACAUACAACAGCCAUUGUACCAACAUAGUACAUACAUUGAACCAACAUAGAAGAUACUUUGAACCAACAUAGAAGUUACAUUGAACCAACAUAGAACAUACAUUGAAACAAGAUAGAACAUUCAUUUAACAAAUAUAGAACCUACAUUGAAGCAGCAAAGAGCUUGGAUAAAUAAUGUAUUCAUGUUAACCAUCUCUUGACUAGACUUUCAAUUUGUGAGACUAGUAGGGAUCAGAGUUAUGGAUUUUCGUGUACUCUAUACAUAACGGUGUAUUUACCGUAGGAUGUUUACCUGUUUUCAUAUGUCAACUAGAUAACAACAUUAGCGGGUUGCAGGUGGGAUGUUCCAGUUAACUUCAAACGCACUCAAUACGUCCUGGAAUAUGAUCUCGUUGAUCUUUCUAACGGAUGGAUGAAACCUAAGCUGAAGUAAUGCCAGCAGGCGCAAGUCUGUCGUUGCUCAAGUGUUGGGACGAUAGAAAUAUUUCAAAACGUCUAUUGCGUGCUUACAGUGUAAUGGCCGGGCUUUGAACUUUAUUUUAUUCCCGCCUUUGUCGCAGACAAUCUCUUAAAAUAUAAAUUUGGCUUGUGGUGUGGCUGCUUCCAUUUCCGCAAAAUAUAACACGACAACUACGCUAAAUGAUUUUUUUUUAUAACGCAACUGCGUUUGGUGCGUAAUAUUUUCUUUUGGGAAAGUGAAAUCGUCUCAAUUUAAAACUGGUAUAAUGAAUAUAAGGUUUAAAAGUUGUUGGGAAUCAGAAUAUUAAUGCAUUUCAUGGGCGUGAAAUAAAAAGCGUGCAAUAACGUAAUCAUUGGGGAGGGGGGUGCGAGGUAAGCAAAAAUUGGAAUUCUUAAAUGUGCGUUACUUGAGUUCAUGUUUUGUCAAGUAACUUAAGUAUAUGGGAAUUUCACGCAUUGCUGUGGCCAAUGUUUGGCGAGCUAUAACAAGUAGAUGGGACAUUCACGCAUUGCUGUGGCCAUUGUUUGGCGAGCUAUAACAAGUAGAUGGGACAUUCACGCAUUGCUGUGGCCAAUGUUUGGCGAGCUAUAACAAGUAGAUGGGAUAUUCACGCAUUCCUGUGGCCAAUGUUUGGCGAGCUAUAACAAGCAGAUGGGACAUUCACGCAUUGCUGUGGCCAAUGUUUGGCGAGCUAUAACAAGUAGAUGGGACAUUCACGUAUUGCUCUGGCCAAUGUUUGGCGAGCUAUAACAAGUAGAUGGGACAUUCACGCAUUGCUGUGGCCAAUGUUUGGCGAGCUAUAACAAGUAGAUGGGACAUUCACGCAUUGCUGUGGCCAAUGUUUGGCGAGCUAUAACAAGUAGAUGGGACAUUCACGCAUUGCUGUGGCCAAUGUUUGGCGAGCUAUAACAAGUAGAUGGGACAUUCUCGCAUUGCUGUGUCCAAUGUUUGGCGAGCUAUACCUAGUACUAAAGAACUUUGCAGAUUUCCCGUCAGAAAUGACGUCUUUGAAAUGUUCAUACUUGAAGAAGUUUGUGUAAAUAUGACUACACGUUUUAGGUCAUAGAAUAUCAGACAGAAUAUGUUUGUGUUGUUUGUUGUUUUUUAACUUCCUUGUAGCCGCCAUUUUGAAAAAAAAAAAGAACAAUCUCUUUGGAAAUAAAACCGAUGAACGGAAGUAAAGGCUGCUAGAAAAAAAUGGCGGGAUUUUAUGUCUUAACAACAGGAAGGACGAGCUUCUCAAAUACUGUGCUGCGGGGACAAAUGGAGAGAGUUUUACCGUAAAAUAGGGCGACGCCAUACCGUAGUUCCACCAAUAAACGUGCGGCGAGCUUGUGUCAAUACAGGUUUGAUUAUCUAGGAAGAAUCUCGGUGAAGGCUGUCUUUGGUAUAUCACCAAAUAAAAUUGGUUAAUCUAUUUUUUUUUAAAUAGUAACAAAACAAAUGAAAACAAACAUUUGAUUUUUGUUAAAACUUCAACUUCGGACUGCAUUUAUUUAUUUUAAAUCAGCGUUCUCAGCAUGUGGGUUGCGACCCCUUUCGGAUUUGAACGACCCUUCCACAGGGGUCACCUAAGACUAUUUUUAAAAAAACACUCUACAGUGAUGAAGAACCAACAAAAAUAAUUGUGUGUUUUGUGGGGUCCCACAAAAUGAGGAAUUGUACUAAAGGGUCGCGGCAUUGGGAAGGUUGAGAGCCACUGCUUUAUACCAACCCUUGAAACAACUGUGUUUGGACCUCUGUGUUUGACACAUACAUGUUGUGUGAUUACUCGAGUUGUGAAUAAAUCAACAAGUGACCGAUUGAACUAAGCCAUAUCUGGCAAGUAUAAACCUGCGUUUGAUGUUGAACAGAAGGACCCCCUGUAGACGCUUGAUUGUCUGUUUGUACAAUCUUAUACCUCCUCCUGCUCCCUUCUCUGUGUAAGCCAAAUCUGUAUUUGUUAAUUACAAGUUAUGUAUUAGUUGUGUAUUAGUUUUGAAUUUCCAUAACUGCUCCAAUUUAAAUAUGUAUUGACACCUGAAGUAAAUUGUUAGCAAUAUAUAAAAGUUAUUCCGUCUUUCAAUAAAUGAUGAUUUUAGUUUAAUAUUAUAUUAUUCCUAAGAAAUGCACAAGUAUAUAAAAGAUAUAUAAUGGCAAAAUUGGUUCGCAUUUGUAUCGGAAAUGUGUGUGUGGUGAGCUAAUGACAAUGUCGGGUUGGGUGCGUGGGUAGAUGCGCUUAGGAGGUCGAAGGAAACUUUUAAAAAAUGAUGGCCCUAAGGCUCUAUCAACAGCAGGCUUGAUGGCAGACGAUUUCAGUGUAGCCGUAUGUGUUAUGUCUUUUUUAUGCCUUUAAUCCUUUUCUUCGUGCCGUUGCAAAGAUGGGAUUAACACGGGAUUAAGUGAACGCUGGCGACAAUUAUCUCACGUGAACUUUGUAAUAGCGUGCGCUGGCUCAAGGCUUUAAAAAAAAAGCGAUUGUAUCACACAACAGUUUGAAUCCUUUUUUCCCCGAAAUUUCUCUAUUUCCAUGCGUCUUUCAUUGAUCUUACCCUCUGUAUUUCACUGCUGUAUUUAUUACUGUGGAGAAAUCACACGCUUGGACGAUACAACAAUAGCUAGUUUAUUUAGCGGUUGAUCCCAGGCGUCUAAGUUUUCUACAUGUUUUAAAAUAAAGACUUCAUAGAGUUGUUUGUAUAAGCUAGAUCAGUGGUUCCCAGACAGUGCCCCGUGUAACCCCCAAGGGUUCUGCGUUCAUUCUCAGGUGACUCCGAGGCCGCAGCGGUUAAUAAAAUAAAUUUAAAAAUUGAUUUAAAUUAAAAAUAGGAAGAAUCAAAAGCAAUAUCAAAAUGAGAACUUGAAACUAUAUUCAGAACGAACACGUACUAAGUUAAAUGUAUGUCUGAGUGAUUUCUCGGAACUGAACAUUUGAGAAGUUUCUAGAGCAUUUUCUGAUCCUUGAAACACCAGCCCAACAAAAAUAGAGCCUGGCUAGUCAAUUUGGAUUUACCGUGAGUUUUCUUGGCCAUGGCAUUGGGACUUUUUUAGCGAUUCCUUUGUGGGUUAACUGUAACAUUGACCUCUUUGUGACGGCCGAGUUGUGUCUUCACUAUAAAAAUAAUAAACUAUAUUUAGACACAAUUACGUCAACUUGAAAGUAAACUCUUCAAACUAAUGUGUGUACAUAAGAUAAAUUAAGGUUGGGGGGGGGAUUCAUCAUCACUCACGCCUGCUGCGCAGUGACGUAAGGGGGCUGUCUGGAGGAAAGGCGUCGACACGUUUGAUACAAAUCCGUGCAGACGAUAGCCCGUUUUUUGAUGACCCCUAACGCUCUAUUGGCCGACAGUGUUAAGCGGUCAAGACUUAGUAUCCCUAAGGGGCUCCCCCAAAGAAACCGAUUCUAAACAAAUGGAUCUGUGAGUCAAAAAUGUUGGGAACCACUGAGAGAAAUGUAUAUAAUAAAUAUACUUAGUUUCACACAGCAUAUAGAGAGCGUGGGCUGGUGUAAAAAUUGAAUUUUUCCCAUUUCUCAACAGCAAGGAUUGAACCAGCGUCUAUUAAAGUUGCGUUAAUAUUGCAGCGUUCAAAAUGAGGCUUUCGAUCUUCAUUUUGUUAAAAAUACUUUAGUAGAGACUGAGGAUUUAUAGGGGUGGGGGGUCGUUACCGUCCUAAGCACGGUAAAAUACAACUGUAUGGGGAUACAAUUGUUUUAAAGUUGAGGCAAGCUGCUUAACUCUCAAGCCAUUUAGAGGAAUGUUCAUGUCCCAAUGAAAAAUAGGUCACAUGGCAACAAGGAGAGGGAUAUUUGAGGUCACGUCACACACAUUGGCCAAUAGGUCGCAUGGCAACGAGGAGAGGGAUGUUUGGAAUCCCGUCACACUUAUUAACCAACAGGUCACAUGCCAACAAGGAGAGGGAAUAUUUGAGGUCACGUCACACACAUUGAGAGUUAGGUCACAUGCCAACAAGGAGAGGGAUAUUUGAGGUCACGUCACACACAUUGGUUAAUAGGUUGCAUGGCAACGAGGAGAGAAAUAUUUGAGGUCACGUCACACUCACUGACCAAUGAGUCACAUCCCUACUAGGAGAGGGAUAUUUGGGAUCCCGUCACACUCAUUAAUCAAUAGGUCAUAUGGCAACAAGGAGAGGGAUAUUUGGGAUCCCGUCACACUCAUUAAUCAAUAGGUCAUAUGGCAACAAGGAGAGGGGUAUUUGGGAUCCCGUCACACUCAUUAAUCAAUAGGUCAUAUGGCAACAAGGAGAGGGAUAUUUGGGAUCCCGUCACACUCAUUAAUCAAUAGAUCAUAUGGCAACAAGGAGAGGGAUAUUUGGGAUCCCGUCACACUCAUUAAUCAAUAGAUCACAUGCCAACAAGGAGAGGGAUAUUUGAUGUCACUUCACACACAUUGAGAGUUAGGUCACAUGCCAACAAGGAGAGGGAUAUUUGAGGUCACGUUACACUCACAGACCAAUGGGUCAAAUGCCAACAAGGAGAGGGAUAUUUUAGAUUACAAUUGUAAACAAACUUCAAUCACUAAAAAUAUAAUCGCUUAAAAUUUAGUUCUGCGCAUGCGGAGCGUCUCCGAGGAAACUUGGGGUUGUCCAUAUGGGGUUUGCCUCUUCGUGGCGUGGCGGACUAGUAGGGAGGUACUUUUCUUCAGAAGCAAAAAAGCCCGGCCGACCGCAUGCCUCCUAACGCAACGGGAGUAGCAACGUCGUAACAUUAUGACUUGUUGACCGUUGAUGGAAAUGAGUUUUGGGUGGUUGUUAAAAGCCAUGCCGAUAAUUCUAGCUACGCGGCCGUGCGAAAGUCGCUCCGAGGCAACCGUUUCGUCCCAGCUUUCCGCCGAGACCGAAAGACUCCCUAGGCGGUGGGAGGUGGUAACGCAACACCUUCCUUCCAGAGUGGAAGCAAACCCGCCCAAGCCACGGGAAAGUCGGUUGCGAAUGCUUUAAACGCAGCGUUGUCGGUCGACCGUACAUCCCCCAGGCCAGGGGGGGGGGAGUUUCCCGGCGUGCCACCGCACGGUCUGGCGGCGGGGAAACCAGCUGUCUGGCCCGUGUGGAGGGUUGGACCGCCAGGGGAGAUUAUGAGCUUGCGCUCGACGGCCCACCGACGCCAGUUCCCAAUGAGACGUAUUAGUUAUAUGCAGAUGCACUUUUCGGCAACAAACAACCAGCUGAUAAGAAGAUGAUGUAAAUCUGCCCACCUCAUCUUCCAGUGUCGCCGACAGACAGGCACGGGAUGUUAUUUUGUUUGUUACAUACAACAUGAGAGAUCAGCCCCUUCGUUUGGUCAUGUGAUAUCUACAGUUUGUCCUUUUUGUAAACCUUUGUCUCUAUAGAUCAUCUAAGUCAUGUAAUCUUGCACAUCGCUCCACACAAGGGUUCGCUUCCAACAUAUUGCAAAACUGCUCACAAGUUAAUAAACAACUGCUCACAAGCUGCCAAACAACUGCUCACAAAGCUAAUAAACAACUGCUCUUAAAUGAAAACAAAAAACGGAAUAAACAAAAAAAAACAUCCACAAACCACCAACAAAUGUAUCGUAAAGUUCCGAACUUCAAAUAAUUCGUGGGGGAAAUAAUAUAAGCCUUAAAAAAACUUACGAAUAAACAUUCACUCCAUAUUGUUCUAUCAAUCAUUCCCUCAGAAUUGUUCUAUCAAACAUUCACCCAGAAUUGCUCUAACAAACAUUCACUCAGAAUUGUUCUAACAAACAUUCAUUCAGUAUUGUUCUAUAAAAAAAAUUCAGUCAGUACUGUUAUAUCAAGCUUUCAGACAUUACUGUUAUAUCAAACAGUCAGUAAGAAUUGUUCUAUCAAACAUUCCCUCAGUAUUUUCUAUCAAACAUUCAGUCAGUAUUGUUAUAAGAAACACGAAAGGCAACAGACACGUUUCACAAUCUGCUCAGUUUGUUUCAUGAAAACACUUGAUCAGCACAGUCCUGGUUUUGAAAUCAAUUAUUUUAGUUAUUGAUUGCAUAAUACGCAGUAACUGCUCGUCUAUCUGAAAAGUUCUGCGCAAGGUUUGCCCCCAACUCAGUGCCGGGCUAGAUCUUCAUCAAUGGUAGGGUUGGUCUUAACGGUCUCGCCGUAGAAUCUAUCGCAAAUCUGGUCAUUCUUAAAGAUUGAGACGACUUGUUUCUUAGAUAACCUGUGAUACCGUAAAAAAUAUAUCUCUGCUCAACCCCAAAUUUCCCAAUGGAUUGUAGAGUCUGAGUUAGGCUUUGUUUUGAUCCACUGAAAAAAAAAAAGGGGGGGGGCACGUUUUUCAAUGACAUAAGAUUGUGAAAUUGUUCAAAUUGAAUUAUGAGGACUUGCAGUUUUUAAAUCCUUUUAUUAUUAACUUCGCUUUUGUUCGUGAGUGGCUGGGUGACAUACUGGCAAACUCUUGGGGCGGCUAAUUAACCCACUUCCCGUCAACGUUUCGAGCUGAAACUUGGGACACAAACUCCAAGCCGAUGACAACACAUCCCAUCAAUUUUUUAGCCCCAACCCUCCAAAAUUCGUUUUUGUUUUGUUUUUCAAGGAGAAGAUAACAAGAAAUUCCCGAAACUGUGCAAUAUAAUAUCCUUUUUUUUAAUAUAUAUAUAAUCGCAAGAGCGUUUGGUGCACAAGCUUUUCUUUUAAUUUUCUGAAAUUGUUUGGUGAACUAAAUCUGCUGCGUAGAAGCGCGGCCCCGGGGGGGGGGGGGGGGGGGGGGCUACCCAAAAAAAAACCAAUUAAUAUAUAUAUAAUCGCAAGAGCGUUUGGUGCACAAGCUUUUCUUUUAAUUUUCUGAAAUUGUUUGGUGAACUAAAUCUGCUGCGUAGAAGCGCGGCCCCGGGGGGGGGGCGGGGGGGGGGCUACUCAAAAUAAUACCAUAGUGGAGGGGCGUGAAAAUAUGUGCGGUUUAUACAUAUAUUUAUAUGUUACAUGUGAUAAAAGAUUUAUGCGAAAAACUGUGUUUUCAGGGACUGUUUAAUUUAACAGGGGCACAUCGAGAGAUGACAUCUGAUGUCAUAACAGGGGCACAUCGAGAGAUGACAUCUGACGUCAUAACAGGGGCACAUCGAGAGAUGACAUCUGAUGUCAUAACAGGGGCACAUCGAGAGAUGACAUUUGAUGUCAUAAAAGGGGCACAUCGAGAGAUGACAUUUAAUGUCAUCUAAUUUGUUGAUCUUUUAUAGGAAAAUGUCUUUUUGAAAAAGUAUUGUUCAAAGAAAGUUUGUUUUAAACUCAUAUUAUUAGAGUAUUAAAUUCAGUUCGUAAGGGUCAGCUUUGUAAGGUGAUCGAGAGCCCAAAUCAUUGUUGCUUUGUUAGCUGGAGUAGUGUUAAGAAGGUGUGAGGAACUAAUGUUGUGUCAAACUUGUAGGUAACUUGAGGGAAGACCACCAGGUGGUGGCGUAGCUACGGCUUGGUGACACCCGGUGCGGUCCGCACGCCCUUAGCUACGCCACUGCCACCGGGAAGUGCUAAUGUACCAGCCAUUACAAAGACACAUCCCUGAUCCCAUUCAAAACGUUAACACAAAACUAAGCCUUAAAAGUAAUGGCAAUUAGGUUCUUGCUAUGCACUCCCACUCACUCCCACUCUUGAGCGUGACACUAAUGGCGCCCUUGAAGUGAUAAGGCAAGGACGAGAUCGGUCUCUUUUAACGCACAUCUGGUGACCAAUUAACUUAAAGCGCUCUAAAUAUAACUCAUGCAUUGAAACAAAAUUAUUCAAAGUUUUGUAUUCAACGAUGGUUCGGGUUUUCACCUUCUAUGGUUUUAGGUUUGUAGGUUUGGAAACCCUUGACAAAUAUUAUCUCCAGAGGACGUCGUUUGCUGACAUCUUUUGGUUACAAAACAGAUAAUGGAUUGAUGGAUGGAUGGAUGGGUGGAUGCAUGGACGGAUAUAAAUAUAUAGAGAGAUAGAUUGAUAGUAAUUUUUCAAUCUCUAUCACUAUCUAUUUCUCUUUCUCUCUCUCUCUCUCUCUCUCUCUCUCUCUCUCUCUAUUUCCCUCUUUUUCUUUCUUCCUCUCUUCACGUCUUUCUUUUUCAUUUCACCAAACUAACACUUUCACUCUCUAUCUCGCUCUCUAUCUAUCUAUCUGUAUCUCUCUCUCUCCCUCUCUCUCUCUCUCUCUCUCUCUCUCUCUCUCUCUCUCACUCUCUUUAGGCAAAUAGAACCAGCUCCUUUUAAGCAACUCAUUAAAAAAUAAAUCCUGAAGUGUGAAAGUUCUCCUGCCCUACGCAUGUGCGCCGUUCGUCUGCUUGAGUACUUCCGUUUCUAGUACAUUAAACUGAGAUUUUCUGCUGGAAAUUGCUUCAGUCGAGAGAAGGCGGUAGCUCUAGGCUGGGUUCAAGCAAAUAUUUUCCUACUCUUCACUCUUGGCUAACCCUUGUUAAAUGUUUCAAGUUGUUGUUUGUUUUUGUUUGUUUUUUGUUUUUGUAGUUUUUUUUUGACUUGGUUAUUAUUUUGCAAAAUGCAACCAACAAACGAAUUAACCUAUAAGAACAUUGUAGAAGAAAGUAGACAUCUUGUAGAAUAUGAAAAAUUAUUACAGCAAUUAAGACAUUACUUUAUGGAAGACAUGAGACAAUACCUAUAAUUAAACAGAUGAAUCCCAAAUAUUAUGUGGAAGAAACGUCACACCAAAAAAACUUACCAUGGCUGAAUGUCUGGAGAAAAGUUGUUAAAAGCCACCGGUAAUAGAUUCCAAACAAAAGAAGUCCACUCUACCCAACUCCCGGUGGGAAACAUAUAUAAUAUCCAUUUAAAAAUAAAAAUAAAAUUUUAAAACGCUAUAGGUCCGUCAAAUAUGUUUUAAAUUGACUUUUUAAAAAAAAUUAACUUAAACACCUACUGGCAACUUGUGAUUACAAAGUAAGGUGGCCACUUAUGAUUACAAAGAAAGGCUGCGGUCAGCUAAUGAAAAGAGAAUUGUGAUGAUAAAGAUCGCACAUCAUUUGCAUGGAUGAAUCAAGUCCCUAAAACAAAAUUAUUUUUAAGGGCACGCUACAAAUUUAUAAUGUGUGGUCAACUUUAUGACAUAUAUUCACUGACCACAAGUAUGACAAACUACAUGUAUUUACGGACCACAUUUAUGACAGUCACUACAUGUAUUUACUGACCACAUGAAUGACAGUCCUUACAUGUAUUUACUGACCACAUGAAUGACAGUCACUACAUGUAUUUACUGACCACAUGAAUGACAGUCACUACAUGAAUUUACUGACCACAUGAAUGAUAGUCAUACAUGUAUUUACUGACCACAUGAAUGACAGUCACUUCGUGUAUUUACUGACCACAUGAAUGACAGUCACUUCGUGUAUUUACUGACCACAUGAAUGACACUCACUACAUGUAUUUACUGACCACAUGAAUGACAGUCACUGCAUGUAUUUACUGACCACAUAUUCCAACAUAAAUUUUGAUACAAAAUCACAAUCGGGGACGUGGGGGGGGGGCGAGGGGCUAUACACCCCCAUGUGACAUGCCGGGUCGCCCACGCUCCUGAUCUGUCAAACAGGUUUCACUGUCUGCUUUGUCUUGUUGACCAUGGGAUACUUACGAGUUCUGACCAGUGAUUUGACAUCCGUUUGAACUCGACACACUUGUUACCAUAUUGUAACCAUAUUGUAACCACAGUGUAACCAUAUUCCACUGAUGAACACUUGUUAACGUUUAGACAAUGGAAGGUUUCCGGCUGAUUUCGUUAAACUAUUUUACAAUAACCUGAGCAUGGAGGCAUUCGCGUGAGUGUAACCCAUGAAUACACCAUCGUUAAAUGCUACACACGUGAAUGUAACCCAUGAAUACACCAUCGUUAAAUGCUACACACGUGAAUGUAACCCAUGAAUACACCAUCGUUAAAUGCUACACACGUGAAUGUAACCCAUGAAUACACCAUCGUUAAAUGCUACACACGUGAAUGUAACCCAUGAAUACACCAUCGUUAAAUGCUACACACGUGGAUGUAACCCAUGAAUACACCAUCGUUAAAUGCUACACACGUGAAUGUAACCCAUGAAUACACCAUCGUUAAAUGCUACACACGUGAAUGUAACCCAUGAAUACACCAUCGUUAAAUGCUACACACGUGGAUGUAACCCAUGAAUACACCAUCGUUAAAUGCUACACACGUGAAUGUAACCCAUGAAUACACCAUCGUUAAAUGCUACACACGUGAAUGUAACCCAUGAAUACACCAUCGUUAAAUGCUACACACGUGAAUGUAACCCAUGAAUACACCAUCGUUAAAUGCUACACACGUGAAUGUAACCCAUGAAUACACCAUCGUUAAAUGCUACACACGUGAAUGUAACCCAUGAAUACACCAUCGUUAAAUGCUACACAAAUUACCAUUCAUUUUAUUAAAAAUUCAGAGUAAUUUAUUUCAACCUGUAAUGUAACCACGCGUCGUACCAAUUACAACACUCCUUAAUUGGGUAACAUAGAUAGUUGUUACUCAGCUUACCAAUUCUUUAUUUCUUCUCCGUCAUACAGUUGGAGAGUUACUGUUACUUAUGUUGCUAUGGAUCAUGUAAAAAAUAAUUUUGAAUGCAUCUAUUAUAUAAACUAUAUAUUAACUAAGGUCACACAUGUCUAUACAUAUCUUUGACUACAUUGGUCUCCCGAGACGCGAUACACAUUGCCAAGCGGUUAAUUUACCGGGUUUUUUUUAACUUUUUCUUACUUUUCCAGGGAGAGGUCAGUGGAUGUGUACUUAGAUGACCGGCCGUUGCUGGAGUACGCACUGGCCAGGUUUGACAAGGGCUGCAAGGUCAGGUUUGCCGGCAAAGCGUUCGGAUCCGACGGCUACGCUUUUGGAUUGUCCCGACAUUCGUGGCUCAAGGUAAGUGUGGCG